AUGUUGAAUAGGGACAGCCAGAGGCGGCUGGGCUUUCAUCGGCUAGCCGACGUGACAACGGAGGGAGACUUCCAGCAACGUCUCCGUGUGGGGGGUGGCCGUGGGGGACCGCAGACCACUCAUGCAAGGUUUGAGACUGGCACUAGCGAAAUGUCGCUUUUUAUCAACUCUCCCGAUUUUCGGGACAAUGCAUCACUAGGUGCUGGUAUGCCCCCAGAAGAACGGCAAACGUACGCGACCGUGAGGAUGCCGUCAGACGCGUGUCGACCUCGUCGGAUUACAGAAUCUCGACAGCCCACUGACUCGGCAGAACAACGCUGGGGUCACCCUCUGCAUCGAACUCCACUGAUGAGCGCUUCACCGCCUGCAGGAUCUGGGACACCGUUCGGCAAUAGAGGACCACAUACUGGAGGAGUACACGGGGAAGAGACGGCAGGCAUGGACAGGCAAAUCACGCGCUUCAGUCCUCAGGUACGUGGGCAUAGUAGAUGUCGAAACGGAAACAGGAACCCUCCGAAUGAGGGACACAUGCUCGUCGCCAGCUUUUCCAGCACCGUUCGACAGAAAAUUGAAAUUGUUUUUCCAGGUCACGAACACCGCUGCCGACGCUAUCUAGGCUUUCUGCUGGACAUCCGUGCUGCCACGAACGAGGUGUUUGUCCAGUUUAGCGGUGCCGUCUGUCCCCCAUGGUCAUCUCGAAAGGAAGGCACUCCUGCCCUUGCUUUUCCAAGCAGACCAUCCGGGCGCGCAGAGCUAGGAGCGUUAUCCGCACCGGCCGGCUCAAUUGCAGAGCUUCUAGAAAUGAGACUUUCGUCUGGUUCCAGCUUGCUGGACGAAACAGGAGGUGACAAUCACCUGUUGACCUCGGUGUCGCACAGCGUCCCGGGCUGCACACCUGUCGGAAUUGAGGGGAACGGCGCGUCCGCGCUUCACGCCUCCUCACAGCAGCCACGUGUCUUUGUCUCUACUUGGCUUUCCAGUCUUUAUGUGUCGCUAGCUGGACCUCGCCUGCACGCCGAUCCAGAGGAGGGGACUAGGCGCUCUCCAGAGGCUGCGGCCGUCUCGAAAGAAACAGGACACACAGGCUUCUCAGGAGAGACUGACAUCCUUUGCAGGGACAGUGCGAGGAGCAGAGAGCGCUCGUACACCAGGGAGGAACAGCGAUGGAAAGCCGGAGAUUAUGCCGAGGUCUUUCGGCCCAGCACCAGUUCCACCCCUGCACACUAUGCUCUGGCCCGAAUCCUGUCGUCGCCACCAAGUCCCCAGAGCUCCCGAGCUCCCGCUUCGCUUGCUUCUGCCGUUCAGCUGGACGAGCGACAGAGCGAGUCUGCUCAUGCGCCAGGCCCUCCGUCGUCUCACCAUUUCCGCGUCCGUUUGCUGUCGUCGCCGUCCGUCGAUAUCACUGUCCUGGGCUCGUCGCUAAGAGACCCCAGAAGAAACAGAUUCUCAGGAGAGCCCGAGCUUGCCCUGGCCGCCUCCGGUUCGUCCUCUUUCUCGCCUGUGUCGGCCGACUCCGCGUGCCUCCGCUUCGUCCAAAACGGUCUUCCUAAGGCGUUUGCCCAAACCCCGGGGCCUCUUCCCCACGAACUGCCGCUUUCGGUCUUCCUGCCGGCCAUGUGCCGAGAGGCCGUUCCUGUCUCUGUUGAAGCCGCUCGAUGGCUCCUAGCGGGAGGGUCGCUCGCCGGAGCGGAACACGCGCAGGGAGAGCAGGUGGAGGGGGACGCCGAAGAGGAGGCAGCUGGACGAUUUCUGCAGGCUCUGCAACGGCGCAAGCCGCAGCCUCCCGACAGGCCUCUCGAGUUCUCCGCCCUUUCCCGGAGCACGGCAGAAGGAGAAGACGCCAGCGGUCCCGGCGCUCGAAGCGACAGGAGGGAGGGACUCUCGGGCGUGAUUGCGCUCACAGUUAUGGAUGGGGGCCCGACGCAAGACGACGGCGGCGAAAGCCAAGCGGCAGCGCACGCUCCAGACCGCUCCCCCGAGGCAAAGAAACGCGAAUCGCCGGACUUCCACACCGACGGCAGCGACAUCGUGACGGCCUGCUGGUCAGACGAGGACCGGCAGACGAUCCCUAGUUUCUCUCCCUCGUACGCGCCUUUCCCAGGUGUGCUGUCUUCGCCGUUCUCUCUGGACCCUGCAUCUCCCAGUUCCUCGACUGCAGCUGCCUCGGCUGGAUCCGGCUGCGCCGCCUUUCCGCGCCUGCCGUCCUCACUCGACCAUCUUCACCCCGCGCGUGCCUCCGCUCUGUCUUCCGGAUUUCACGGAUCGGCUGCAUCCGCGGUCUCGCCGCAGGCAGCUGCGCGGGCUCACGGGCGAGGAGCCUCGCGACAGGAGGACGAUGUUGCGCCAGCAAUUUCCGUGGAGAGAAAAGAGGGUAGCGCGAGGGGCGUGACGGGGAAGGCUCCCGAGCCGCAUGAGGUGGAGUUCCGCAGGGGCGUAGACACGAGCGGUGAGGAGGUAACAGAGCCUCACGAAAGGCAAACGUGUGGGGCCCAGCCGGGAGGACCGGAAGACGAGGAAGGUGAACUGGAGCUUAGAGCAUCCUGUAGAGGCAGACACUUACGGCUCGGGGAAGAAGGGAACCCGUUCCAACUGACAGCGAUGAACGCAGUGACAGGCUGUUCUCAGUCAGAGGGCAGUCCAGGCGUCUCCGUCUCGAGUGUGGCAGCGAUCGACGGACUGAGAAGCGGAGAGCGACUUCCAGGACUGCCGCCCGAAGCAAGAAACGACGCACCAGCACUGCGGGUGGAAGCGUCCCUGAGGAGACAUGAAGCCCUCGACGGGGCGGCAGGAAGCGACGCGAAUUGCCGCCUCUUCUCGGAGUGGGGAGACGAAAGCUCGCUCGCCGCCUCUUGCUUCUCGUCCUUCUUCGCCCGCCUGGUCACGAAGUCUCCAGCCACGACCGUAACAGCGGGCGUAGAAGGCAUCCAACAUGGGCCGAAAGAGACCGACGAGAGGCAGGGAUGCCAGAUAGUUCUUCUAGGCUUCGACAAAGCGGAAGUGGAACGCCUAAAAGCCAUUCUGCGAGGUGUAAACAGGCGAAUUGCCAAGAGCGUUCUCUUCCAUGAGCGAAGAGAAAGAAGGCUCAGGUUCCUCGAAGAAAGGACGAGCGCCGGCGUCGCAUCCGUCUGCGUGGAAUUCAAGGCCAAGGAGACAAUCGGCCUCAUCAUCGGCAAACAAGGCGAGAGGUUGGAGAAACUCGCGAAGCGCUUCCAGGUUGAGAUACGCGUGUUUCCCCAAGAAGAAGACGCCGCGACGCGACGCGUCCGGAUCUACGGCUCCUCCCGCCAGGCGGUCGAAGAAGCUCUCGCCGAAGUGCAGUUCCUGUCGGCUAGCUACCGCUUGUACCCGGCUUCCUUUGCUCGCCGAUUGCAUGCGGAAAGCAAGGUUCAGCCGGAUCGCGAAAAGACCUCUUGGCAUUCGGCCUCGCCGCCCUCAGGUCCUCGCGCUGCUCCGCGUCUCUCUCCGUGGCUGUCGCCUGUCCCUGUCUGUCUCUCGGAUGGAGGGAACCAGAGCCGCGACAGCGGCAAAGACAGUCAGGUGCCCGAACUGGCCGAGGCGGUCUGUCCCGUUUUCAACGCACCGGUCGGGUCCCGCUGGCCCGCCAUUCUGGCCAGCCGCCCCGGAAUGGACCGUCUCUUGUGCGCCCGCGUGGAGACCGAGCAGGAGACUCCGAGGGACGACGCCGAGGCCUGCCUCGUUGAAAGCCAUGUGGCGACACUGAAAAGAGAACUGCGACGCAAACCCCUUCUGCGUCAGAUCGGAGCGGCGACGGGUCUCCUUGAGGCGUGGUUCGACGAGGCGACUUCAACCGUCAUUCUAUGUGGCCUCUGGAGACAUAUUCUUUCUGCGGUGAACCUGUUGGACGCGCUCGCGACCCGACUGCUUCACCGUUCGCCUGGCGUCCACGCUUUCGCUUCCAUGCCUUCCCUUUGCCUCGAGUCUUCGCCACCUCUUGACGCUGCGCCGUCUUUGCCUUCACCUGUGGCGUCAUCGGGGAGUGUGCACCUCAAACCGUUCCCCGCCGCACCGGGCCGGAGCCCCGCAUGCUUCUUUUCAGCGCAUCCAAACCCCGCGCUUCCUUCGCCAGCUUUCGCGGCCUCGGACGCAUCGGACGGAAGCCCAGGGACAGCCGGUGCGAGAAGAGGCCUUGCCACGCUUCCCUCGUUGCUUUCGUCCCGGUCCACGUGCUCGUCUCCGAGCCAGGCCGGUCAAACUCUGCGGCACACGGAGACAGGGGACGAGGGAGGCGCGCUGCCGCUGGCCGCCUUGCUCCAGCGGCACUUCCCUGUCGCUGAUGCAGACUUUUUCUCUCCAGCCAGGUCCUCGCCCUCCUUGUGCUCGCGAGGAGGCCACGCCAGCCCGCCGCCGAAUGCCUUUCCGUCGUUUCGCGGGUCUCUAAAAGGGGAAGUCUACCGAGCGGGGGACGGGUAUGCCUCGCCACUGGCUUCUCUUUCUCUUCCCUCGCUGGCCUUUCUGCCUGCGACUCUCGCGUCCUCGCCCCUCUGA